UUUCGACCAUAAAAAGGCGCACAUUCAACUCAUUAUAGUUUCUACUGUUUAGCAAAGUUUUUCAUUUUCUUGAAUAUCAGGACUGCAUGGUUCGAUAAAAGGGGAAAGUAUGUAUAUCAAAUGGUCUGUACAACGAAGAUAUAUUCCGGUGAGAAGAGGAAGUCAGUCAAGUCUACCUACCAUUCAUUCACAGAUACUUAUACUAAUAAGAAGAUUUCGAUUUCAAUUAUGCUAUAUUUUUUUGGCUUGUUGUUUCAUACUACUAUUACUACUGUUACUGUCAUAUGAGAAAUAUUUAUUAUUAUCAUGUAUAUAUCAGUGGAAUUUAUUUCAUCUACCAUCAUCAUCAUCAUCAUGUUCAACACUAAGAAUCAAUGAAGACAAGACAAAAGACUCCAUAUUGGUUAUGAAUUCACAAAGGAUUCAAAACAAGAAAAAUACUUUAACAAUAGAAAUAUCACUUGUUGUUGGUGGUGCACAAGCUGCUCGUCAACUUGUGACUUUAAUCAAAAGUGUCCUUAUUCAAAGAAAUUGGCAAAAUCAUGAAAGACGUAUUACAUUUACCACAGCACCAUCUACAAUGAAAUCAAUAACUUCAUCAAUAUCUACACCAGUAUCAUAUUCAGUCAAGAAUAAAGAUGGUAUAUCAUCUUUGAAUACUGACAAUACUAUUAACUGUUAUCUCAGACAGAUCAAUUUACACUUACUGGUAGAUUAUCAAGCUUCAAAAAGUCUCAGGGUUUUGUUUAAAACUUGGAAUAUCCUCAAUAUGAAUGUGUACUAUUAUCAACUGGAAGACUAUAUGCAUAAAGUAUCAUGGAUACCUAGUACACACUAUUCUGGUUUAUUUGGUUUGUCCAAACUACUAAUUCCGGAGAUUCUACCAGAUUCUGUUGAAAAGGUGAUAAGCCUCGAUGUUGACCUCCUUGUGAAUUCUGAUCUCCAAGAACUUUGGAAUUAUUUCAGUGAAUUUAAUUCUACACAGAUGAUUGGACUAGUCGCUAACCAAAGUCCAUGGUAUUUAAGAAAAACAAAUCGAGUAGUAUGGCCUGCAUGGGGUCCUGGUUUCAAUACAGGAGUGAUGCUGUUGGAUCUUGUACGUCUGCGAAAAUUUCAUUGGUCAGAACACUGGCAUCGAACAACCAAAUCUGCAUUGCUAAGAAUAUCACAUGCAACUUUAGCAGAUCAGGAUAUAAUUAAUGCUGCUUUAGUGGAGUAUCCAUCAGGCAUUUAUGAAUUACCCUGUGAAUGGAAUGUACAACUCACAACUAAUAUGAAUACAAAAUUGUGUCCAGUUAGUUGGUUCAACAGCUACUUGAAUGAUUAUACUGAACAUAUUGAUGAAGAGAAAUUUCAAUCAUUUUAUCACCUAUUGAAAAUUGCUCAUUUCAACCAUCCAAUUAAACCAGAUAUGAUUUCAUUGAGUGAAAUUAUAGAUGAUGAUCAUUCACGUCUAAUACUGAGAAAACAAUUCGUUAGAAUGUAUCGUUUUUAUCAGAAUCUAGACGGAGAUUUAGUCAAAUCACCUAUAGAGCCAACUACAUGCUUGAAGUUUGCUUACAACACCAAUACACCCAUUAAAAAGCUUCAGCAGUUGACAAAGAACAAUAUUACAAUUAAAGGUUGUGAAGAAUUUCAAGAAAACAUGUUUACUACUCAUAGAAUACAUCCAUACUUUCUGAAUUAUCAAUUUUACAAGGGAGAUAAUGAAACAAAUGCUGAAAAUCAUGUCAGUCUUGUUUCUCAACUAACAUUUGAUAGACUUCAUCGACUUGAAGAACUUUCAAUGAAAUGGCUUGGACCAAUCAGUUUAGCUUUAUACUUGACUGAUAGAGAAGCAACACUUCUUGUAGAAUUUGUUACCAACUCAAAAAUUCUACAAAAUCGAACCAAUAUUGGUUAUCAUAUUGUAUAUGUAGAUGGUAAAUUUUAUCCUAUAAAUACAUUGCGUAAUAUUGCAAUCAGAUAUUCAAUAACAGAGUUCAUCUUUCAUAUUGAUAUCGACUUUAUACCUCAAGCAAAUAUGAUUCAGCGUGCUGAAACUUCUAUUCUCGAACACUUAAUUCAAAAUAAUAAAUCACAAAAUAUUUGCUUAGUAGUACCUGCAUUUGAAACUUUCAAAAAUCAUUUAUCACUGCCAGAAACAAAAGAAAAUUUAUUAAAAUCAUGGGAAAUUGGUGAAAUUCUACCAUUCAGGCAUGAAAUAUGGUCAGCUGGUCAUAUGUCAACUAAUUACUCUCAUUGGAAAUCUGUAAAUAUGAACUAUGAAGUACAAUGGUCAGCUGAUUAUGAACCAUAUGUUAUUAUAUCACGUUAUGCUGUAAAUUUUGAUGAAAGCUUUAUCGGAUUCGGUUGGAAUAAAGCAUCAUAUAUAAUGGCAUUAGAUGCAUUGGGUUAUAAAUUCAUUGUUCUAGCAAAUGUGUUUCUCAUUCACUUACCUCAUCCACCUAGUUUUGAAGUAUUUCGAUAUCGAAUGAAUUUAGCCUAUAGAUCAUGUAUAGACAAGCUCAAGUUGGAUUUUAUCAAACGUUUAGCAAAACAACAUGGUGUACAAGCCUUGAAAUAUCUACAAUUUCGUAAAGAUUCACAUAGCAAUGAAACGUGAAAUCUAACAUAUAAUAUUUCUUAUUCUAUUCUGAUAAAUUUAAAUUUCCCGGUCAAACAAAAACAAACAAAAUCUUGUUGUUUUCAAGGUCAAGUGUUAUCUUUUCAACAGAUGAAGAUCAUUUGGGAAACAAGGAUAUUCGUUGAUGUAAAGAUGCUUUUCUCUUUUUUGGAAAAGAAGCAAAGAAAAAUAUUUUAUGAAACAAUCAUCGGGAAUAGAAACUUGAUUAAGUAAAAUAUAGGCACUUUCGAAUUUCAGAUAAUAAAUUUACUAACUUGGCUUUGUUCACUGUUUAACAUAAUAUUUGAAGAUAUUUGUAUUCCAUAUUAGAUAUAUUAUGAUAAUUUACUUGGUUGUCACUAGCAAAAGGAUCCAGAACGCUUGUUUUGUCCUAGUUAGGAUUCGUCAGCUGGAUAAUUUGCACCCAGUGAGUGGUGUUGUUCCCACUGAAACUCGGACCCAGUACCCAUCGCUUUAGACGUCAAAGCUCAGUCCACUAGACCACUGGGGCACGAUAACCAGCUCUUGUAAAAGGGAUACUGUUAUUGUUUAUCCUUUGAGUUCUUAGCAGAACAUAAAGCUUCAGUAGCACAUCCCCAUUUCACUCUCUUCUCUACAGUCUUCUCAACCUGGCUUCAUGACUGCCCAUAAGCUGUCGUUUCCUCCUCACACAAUCUACUCCAUGUCACCCUCACACCAGACGAACAACUGAUCAUUUCCCCUUUGGCUUCCUCCCAACGGUGUCACCUGGUCUGACAUGUGAUGUCCUCAAACCGUCUUCUCAGUGUAUGUUCAAAUCAAUGCAAUGCAAUCCAUCUCGACUCUCUUCUUCUGCAUAUUUUGUUUGGAGAUGAGUUGUUGGUUGGUUGGUUGGUUGGUUGGUUCGUUGCCAAUUGGAGUGAGUUCCUUGUUACUUACUCUUACAAUUCUGACCAUCUGAUGUGAUGUUCAGUAUCGAGUGAGCGUAGGUGGCAGCUGUUCAUGUAUGAUGUCUGUGGUUUGUUGGAAAUGUUUUUGGUAAUGUGCCAAGUCUCUCAACUAUGACAUAGAAGCAGUGACUUGACUGACUUAGUGUUGAAAAUUCGGAUCUUGUUCCCGUUUUAUGCUGAGUGGAGUAGAGUAGAUCUCCACACUAAUUUCAGCCUUAUGAAGGCCUGUCUUACUGUCAUUCGGAUCCUGGCUUUGACAUACGCAUCUGUCCCGUUGCCGCCUGUAGUUGAAACGAUGCUUCUCAGGUAGGUAAAAGAGACAAGGCGUACUAUUUAUUUCUGUUUGUUGAUAUGUCGGUGAUUUUCCGUUGAUUUACUGGAUUGAAUUGUUUGACCUGUACCGGCAUAUGGGCUUCUAAAUAGACGCUUCGAUCUUGUCUGCAUUUGAAUGAUAUUUUGAUGAUGGGUAGCGCUUUGCAGUGGAAUUCAAUACACUUGUUUAGUCCUGUUUGGUACUCUUCAGUUGGAUGAAUCCAUCGCAGAAGAAGCGGCUGUCGUGACUCAUUGGCCAAAUGAAUGUCGUUUUGGCUUUUGAAGCCAUUGGUCCUGAGUUCGAGUUUUUGCGGUAACAACGCUCACUGGUAGGUAGGUAUAUCCAGCUGACGAGUCCCCAACAAGACAAAAUGCACAUUCCAGAUUCCUCUGCUAACCACUAUCCAUCAUUAAAAUGUAUAAUUCUAAGAGAAAUGUUGGAAUUAUUUGAAUUUCGAACACGCUAUGAUAUACACAAAUACAUAAACUAUAUCG